AUGUGUCAGUUAGACAGUCUCUCCCUACUCCACAUCAGUCACUCCCCCACAGUGUGCCAGCCACAGUGCCACACUCCCUACACAGUGUGCCAGCCGCAGUGCCACACUCCCCACAGUGUGCCAGCCACAGUGCCACACUCCCUACACAGUGUGCCAGCCGCAGUGCCACACUCCCCACAGCGUGCCAGCCACAGUGCCACACUCCCUACACAGUGUGCCAGCCACAGUGCCACACUCCGCACACAGUGUGUUAACCACAGUGCCACACUCCCUACACAGUGUGCCAGCCACAGUGCCACACUCCGCACACAGUGUGUCAACCACAGUGCCACACUCCCUACACAGUGUGCCAGCCACAGUGCCACACUCUGCACACAGUGUGUCAACCACAGUGCCACACUCCCUACACAGUGUGCCAGCCACAGUGCCACACUCCGCACACAUGUGCCAGCCACAGUGCCACUCCGCACACAGCGUGCCAGCCACAGUGCCACACUCCCUACACAGUGUGCCAGCCACAGUGCCACACUCCACACACAGUGUGUUAACCACAGUGCCACACUCCCUACACAGUGUGCCAGCCACAGUGCCACACUCCGCACACAGUGUGUCAACCACAGUGCCACACUCCCUACACAGUGUGCCAGCCACAGUGCCACACUCUGCACACAGUGUGUCAACCACAGUGCCACACUCCCUACACAGUGUGCCAGCCACAGUGCCACACUCUGCACACAGUGUGUCAACCACAGUGCCACACUCCCUACACAGUGUGCCAGCCACAGUGCCACACUCCGCACACAGUGUGUCAACCACAGUGCCACACUCCCUACACAGUGUGCCAGCCACAGUGCCACACUCUGCACACAGUGUGUCAACCACAGUGCCACACUCCCUACACAGUGUGCCAGCCACAGUGCCACACUCUGCACACAGUGUGUCAACCACAGUGCCACACUCCCUGUGCCACACAGUGUGCCAGCCACAGUGUGCCACCACAGUGCCACACUCUGCACACAGUGUGUCAACCACAGUGCCACACUCCCUACACAGUGUGCCAGCCACAGUGCCACACUCCGCACACAGUGUGUCAACCACAGUGCCACACUCCCUACACAGUGUGCCAGCCACAGUGCCACACUCUGCACACAGUGUGGCAACCACAGUGCCACACUCCCUACACAGUGUGCCAGCCACAGUGCCACACUCUGCACACAGUGUGUCAACCACAGUGCCACACUCCGCACACAGUGUGCCAGCCACAAUGCCACACUCAGCACAUAG